AUGGCGUCCAGGGAUGACAUGAUCGGCGUCCAGGCGCAUGCCGGGGUGGAGGACGGUGUUCCGGGAUGUGCUCCAUCGCCGGUGCCAUUUCUGGCUCAUGUCCCUUCGUUCGGAGGACAUAUGGACACACCGUCCUCCGCUUCGUUGAGCGUGCCUGGCUCGCCUUCCGGGCUCCAUCUCGCGCAGGUCGGCAUGCCGCCGCCACCGUCCGUCCACGGCGUGAGCGUGGUGCCACAGACCGAGACGAAGGUGGAUGUCGACCAUCCCGCGGAGCCGCCGCCGUCCGAGGUGGCCAAAGGCGCGGGUGGCGAGGCGCCGGCGGUGACGCGGAGUGACAGCACGCGAGAGCGGGACCGGCGGUUCGACCACUUCAAGACCUUCUCCGGCCGCCUCGAGCGCCAGCUCUCCGCACUCCGUGGGGUCGUACCGUGGGACCCGGCACCAGACGCGGCAGACGUCGAGCACGGCCACGGCGCCUCGUCCAAUAUCUCUGAGGAGGACACCGACGAGGACAACGACAUCCCCACCGCCGACCGUUACUUCGCCGCCCUCGAAGGCCCCGAGCUCGAGACCCUUCGUUCGACGGAGGUGGUGGUACUUCCGAAAGACGAGUUGUGGCCGUUCCUGCUCCGGUUCCCGAUCAGCGCCUUUGGGAUGUGCCUAGGCGUGAGCAGCCAGGCGAUGCUGUGGAAGACCCUCGAGACGGAGCCCUCCACGGCGUUCCUCCGCGUCCACCCCAUCGCCAACCACGUCUUCUGGGGGGUCUCCGUCGCGCUCACCCUACUCGUCUUCGUCACCUACCUCCUCAAGGUCGUCUUCUACUUCGAGGCCGUCCGCCGCGAGUUCCACCACCCGGUGCGCGUCAACUUCUUCUUCGCGCCAUGGAUCGCCUGCCUCUUCCUCGUCAAGGGCGUGCCCCGGCCCGUGGGCGAGAUCCACCACGUCGUGUGGUACUUCCUCAUGGUGCCCAUCCUCUUCCUCGACCUCAAGAUCUACGGCCAGUGGAUGUCCUCGGGCGAGCGGCGCCUGUCUAAGGUGGCCAACCCGUCGAACCACCUCGCCGUCGUGGGCAACUUCGUGGGCGCGCUGCUCGGCGCCAGGAUGGGCCUCCGGGAGCUUCCCAUCUUCUUCUUCGCUGUCGGGCUAGCGCACUACACCGUGCUCUUCGUCACCCUCUACCAGCGGCUCCCCACCAACGUGCAGCUGCCCAAGGAGCUGCACCCGGUGUUCUUCCUCUUCGUCGCCGCGCCGAGCGUCGCGUCCAUGGCCUGGGCCAGGAUCUCCGGCGAGUUCAACAGCGGCGCCAAGCUCGCCUACUUCGUCGCGAUGUUCCUCUACGCGUCGCUGGUGGUUCGCGUCAACCUAUUCCGGGGCUUCAGGUUCUCUCUGGCCUGGUGGGCAUACACAUUCCCGAUGACCAGCGUUGCGCUGGCCACGGUGCUGUACGCGUCGGAGGUGGACAACAUGGUAACGCGGACGCUGGCGGUGGGGCUGUCGGUGCUCGCCGCCGUCACGGUCACCGGCGUGCUUGCCACCACCGUGUACCACGCCUUCGUGACAGGGGACCUUUUCCCCAACGACGUGUCCAUCGCCAUCACGCGGCGGAAGCCCAAGUUCAGCAAGAUCCUUGCGCACCUCCGGUCGUCCAGAACAGACGUCAAGGAGCUCGUCCUCUCCAUCCCAAAUUUCAAUUCCAGUUCGAGAACCGGAGCCUACUCCGACGAUUCCGGCUCCAUCUCUAGGACGAGCAGCAGUUCCGACGAGUCACAGGGAAGGCGGAUCAGCAGACCGAAAAAGCUCGUGCUUCGCUACGGAGCAGCCAUUGGCGCCGCCGUGUACCCUGCUCCUCCCGUACAAAUUAGCAGCACCAGCGCCGUCCUAGCCACCUACUCCUCCCAUCCACCACGCUAG